UUUAAUUUUUUAAUUCUUUAAUUUUUUAAUUCUUUAAUUUUUUUAUAUAUAAAAAAAAAAUAUAUAGAUACAUAAAUGUCUGCAGCAACUGAAAGUGGUGAGGUUAACAAUGUCGAUAAGAUUCCUUCUGAGCAAAAAGGUGCUUUCCAUUCCUUUUUGAAAUCUUUAGCAUCUUUCUCGGGUGAUCUUUCAUCUCUCACUUGCCCAUCAUUUCUUUUAGCUCCAAUUUCUUUAAUUGAAUAUUCUGAAUAUUGGACACAACAACCGGACUUAUUUACAGACAUUACAAAAUCGGAUGAUGAAGUUGAACGUAUGAUUGCUUUUGUAAAAUGGUUCAUUUCUUACCUAAAUGCUUCCUAUUCUCGUCGAGUACCCAAAGGGGAAUGGGAAAAAAAGCCUUAUAAUCCUGUAUUGGGUGAACAAUUUAAGAUGUUUUGGGGUGAUUUGAACGGAUCGGGCGAAACAAAUGUCCUUGUAGAACAAGUAUCCCAUCAUCCUCCUGUGACAGGAUUCUGCAUCACAAAUGAAAAACAUGGUUUGACAUUGAAUGGUCAUACAGGUCAAAAGACUCGAUUUUCGAGCACCUCUCUAAUUGUUGAUCAAGUUGGCCAAAGCGUUGUCACAUUAAAAGAUCGUGAUGAAACUUAUUUGUUGACUUGUCCUUCUAUUACAGUGAAUGGUAUUUGGUAUGCAGCCCCAUAUGUUGAAUUACUUGGCACAUCUUAUAUUCAAUCUUCAAAUGGUUUAUAUUGUUCAAUUGAGUAUACCUCUCGUGGCUGGAUUUCAGGUGAAAAGAAUCAUUUCAAGUGUUAUCUUCGUCGUAAUGGUGCUGGUAGUUCAAAAGAAUACAUUUGUAAAAUGGAAGGACAAUGGAGUGGUAAAUCGACAAUUACAAAAUAUGGCUCCAAAACAUCUCAACCCUUCUUGGAUGUUUCUCAAUUAAUUCCUGCUCCUAUGCAUAUCAAAGAUCUUGAAGAACAGGAUGAAAUGGAGAGUCGUAGAAUUUGGCAAAAAGUAUCUGAGGCUAUUCGUGCAAAUGACACAAAUUUGGCAGGUAUUGAAAAAAGUAAAAUUGAAAAUCAAAAGAGAGAAGAAAAGGCUGCACGUCAAGCAAAAGGUGAAGAAUGGGAGCCCAAGUAUUUCCGUUGGGUUAAUGAAGAACCUACAGUUGCUACUCUUCAGCGUAUGUUGGCUUCAAUUGUAAAAAAUAAGUAUAAUCCACCUACAAAUGGUAACUGGGUUUAUAAGGGUUCUUUGUAAAAAAAAAGAAAGAAAAAACGAUUACAUUUAUUAUAUCAUAAAAAUGAAAAAUAUCCAUUAUAAAUAUUUUUCUAGUUAAUCUUAUUUCUUUACUAUAAAUCAUUAAAGGAAAUACAUGUGUUCUAUAACAAAGCAUAUUUAUUAUUAUGCAAUACUGGAUUUUAUGUAAAUAAAAGAAAUUGGUUAAGAACUUGCUAGCAUUAAAUUAAAAAAAAAAAA